GCGGGCUACCGGUCAAGGUGACGCGUCCGCGCAUGCGCCGACUAUCUGACACGUGAGCUGUAUCCGAUAGUCAUACCGCAGUCACAGAGGAGAAAGGCGUAAGCUUAGAAAUAAUGUAACAAAAUUGAAAGGCUUUUACGAGUUAGGAAGUGAAUGGAAAAGAAAAACUGAAUGAGUAAGGGAGCAGGGAUCAUAAAAAUAAAUAAACAAAUCUGUCGUAACGUUACAUGCGUCAUUUCGCGCCCGUCGUUUGUGUUGCGAGCGAGUAGGUUGCGUUUGGUGAUGGCAUUUUUUUUAAUUGCAAAUUACGAAUAAUCUACGUGUGAAAAUUAUAUUCUAGUAAUUCAGUUCAUUCGAUUUAGCCUCGAAAUAUUUUAAAGUUUACUAAAUACGUGACGGAAAUGUAGGAGCUGUAGAGAAGACGGUUCACCAUUGAUAAACGAGUGCGAACGCAGAAGUAGUUUUUACUCCGUUCUCUUCGAAUUCGCCGUUUGCUGGCGUCCAAAAGUGACUUUGGCCACACGCCGUUAGAUUCACACCGUGUUUGUCCGCACGACGGUUCUGCAAAAGUGACACAGGCCUGAAGAAGCGGCAGCCGCACCGCAUUUCAAAAAUCCCGGCAUUCAUUUAUUUCUUUCUUUUGCAGCGUCUCGACGUAAUGCUUCCACUGCCGACGGGGAGAGUCAAAUUAAACAGGUCGCCACUGAUUAAUACUGCGGAUAGACUGCCAAGAAAACGAAACUUCAAAUUAGCGCCUGAAGAGCCGUCUACAGCAGGACCAGCCAUUCCACCGGCUGCUAUUGAAAAAGAGAAACUUGAAGAAGUGCAGCGCUUAGGCCGGUUCGCGUGCCCUCCGGACCAAAGUAGUGUCGAUAGUAAUAAUAACUGCGCUGAUGGCCAAACCGCCUCGUCUUCCAAACAGUUACGUUCGAACAAGCAGAGGGGGGAUGACCCGCUUAUCACCUCGACAGAGGAGCGACCAAUGGAUACUGACAGUGCAGCGGAACCAGGACCCGGCCUUGGCGACGAGGGCUGCACAGGUACUAACUCGUUCGCGCGGCACCCCAUGAUUGAUGGGAUACUCGCUAAAAGUCAGGCAAUGCUAAUAGAAGGCACAGGUGGGACACGCGAAAUGGACACCCCUAAACCCCGGCCCGGUGUCAUUAGCACUCAGCCGGUGGUUCCGAAGCGUGGUAGGGGUCGCCCGCGAAAGUCUGAGCAGAUGAAUCGCCUUCAGCCUACCCUUGGCAGCUUAGGGAACUCCGUGCAAUUGCAAAUCAAGGUACCCAAAGAAGAGCAGAGUUUUGAUUGGGUUGAAGGGAUUUUGCCAAGACGUAACUUGAGGAGGAGUAGGAGGCUGCCAGUCCCAAGACAGCGGACCCAGGUAGAUUUAGGCGUCGUCAGACUUAAGGCUCUCACUGCCUUAAUGGGGCAGAACAUCAAGGCGAACCUUGUGGAGUCGGCAAAGAAGAGCGGCAAGGUUAGCAGAGAUCCACCGAAAAACAGAAAUGAGAAGGCGGCUUGUGGUAAGCAGGUUUCUGACGGCGGUCAGAUUAGGGGGCGCAAAAGGUUACGAUCAUGUCGGUCUAGACCAGGCACUUUUCAAAAUACCCCAAAGCACGUGGCCAAGAGACGUAGAUCAUCUGAAGGCAUCUCGCAGGCUUCAACAGGCAGGGGUGCUGCGCUUCCAGCUGGCACACGAUCAAUUUUUCAGCGGACUCAUUCUCUGAAGGAUGAAAAUCAAGCUAACAUACAUUCCUAUAAAACAUCAUUGGACAAGAGAAUAAUUAGAAGAACUUGUUGUGCUACAUGUAGUGGAGCAGAAUAUUUGAAUCCCAAUACUUUGGUAAAUACAGUGAAAACCCCACAAGGAGACUCUGUUCUAAAAACCAGAAUGAAAACUAAGCAGAUUAAGCAAGAAACGCGUGCAUCUCAAACUAACUAUAACAAAGAUAUAAAAAUCAGCAGAAAAUAUCCUAUAGUUAAAUUAUGUGACAUAACUAAAAUAGCACCAAAUAAUAUUGGUGAUUCUAGAUUUAUUUGCAGUUUAUUUGGGAAAGCUGAUGUCAAACCUGAAGUAGACAAGAUUACUAAAUUUCAAAGCCUGGAUGGCAAAAUCAGUGAGUAUGAUUUAGAAAACAAAUACCGUUUAGUGCAAGCUAAAGUCAGUUUGUGUCGCAAUCUGAAAGAGUCCUGUGGAGUGGCAGAAAAUUCCUCAUUUAAUGAAAAUGGCAGUACAGGGCAAUUGACAUCUUCAGAAAGCAGUACGGAAGUGAAUGUAUGGAAGGAAUGUGUUGGGCAAAUGUUACCCAACAGUGCGAUUCAAACCAACAAAAAGAAGUUGCAGUCAAGUACAAUUCCUGAAGUGCCAGAAAUAUCAGUGUGUCAAACCAAGAAAGGAAAGGAAAGCAUAUCUGCAGGAACCGCCUGUGUGCCGGAAAUAUAUAAUACAGCUGAAGCUUCUAGAUUAGGCCCCAUCCAAGAAAAAGGACAAUGUACAUCUUCAGACUACAAAGAACAUGUGUUAUCUGAGGAGAUUAGUAAAGGUGAUCGUUCAAGUCUUUGGCAACCAAAAACAUCUCCAAAACAUAGUAAGAAAAACAAUGUCGAAGACUAUGGCAAAAAGUUUCCAACAGUAGCAUCUAUAGAAGAUAAGCUGGUAUCUCAUUGUAGCAUUAUAAGUAAAGAAUAUGCUCUGGAAGAAAAUCUAGAUUUACAUUCUGAUGAUGAUGACAGUCAGUCCUUUAGUUGCCAAAGGUGUUCCCCAUAUACACCAUAUUUACUUGUGUCAUGUGCCAGAACAUAUCUUCCUUGGCCACAUUACAUUUCAGACAAUGCCAAACAAGUAAAUUGUAAGGAAGCAGUAUAUUCCAUAAAAUCUGAUGCAUCCAAUCAUGUCGAAGCUUCAGGAGUCCAAUUCAUAGUUAAUCCUUCUGCAGAACCAAAUCAUAAAAUAUGCACGGGUUUAGAAAAUCAUGAAUCUAGUGCAUGUAAGACUGUUGUGCUAGGAGUUGGAUUGAGCCCUUGUUUUCAAUUUCAGCCCCAUCCAAUGUCAACAGGAUUGAGUUUGUCAACCACCGGCAGUUGUUCAGAGUCUGCUAAAGAUACAAAUACUCAAGGUCAAGAAAAGUGCCUUUCAGAUUCUUCAGCAUCAUGUGAGGAACAAAGCUGUAUUAACUGUUCCAGGGAAAGCAUGGAGGGGCCGUCUGUUUUAGAUAUUUUACCAGGUAACAUUUCAAAAGUCAUUGGGAAAGUGAACAUCCUCGAUUCUAAUGAAGACAUCAGUGGGACAACAACUUUAACAUGCGAGAAGAUGAGAUGCAGGAAUGCGACUUUGACUACACUUUCUAUGGACACUGUCAAAAAUGACCUACCAACUACAUCCAAGGAACUGACAGUGGAAAUGAAUAGGCCUGAAGAUGAAAAUGCUUGUUCUGCAGCAUCAGAAGUCAGCAUGAAUUGCUCAGACAAUUCUAAAACGCAACAUUUGUCCAUUUGUAAAGCAUUCACAAGCUUUGGAGAUGAUUUUACUUUACAAGAUGAUUCUUCAGAUUCAUUGUGCAGUUCAGUUUUAUCAGGGACUGAAGAUCUUGAAGAUUUUUGCAUUUCUUCUGAGCUAGUUAUGUGUGAAAUAAAAGAUCCCCUCUUGCCUUCUUCAGAUAUCUCUGCAGGAAGCACUCAGAGUGCAUUACCUACAAACAGUGAGUUGGCUGAGAAUUCUGUUGAUAUUUUUAGAGCCUAUGAGGAAGAUGCAAUUGUUCUGGAUGUGAUCCAAGAUGACCCUGAACUGUUUGGAAGCCCUAAAGAAGUAGCAGGGAUGGCAAAGGUACCUGCCAAAAAACUGCAAUUUCACAAGUUGAAUGAAUGCUGUAAGAAAAAUGAUAUAAGAACCUGCCAGAACCAAAGAGCAGAAAAUGGAGAACUAAGCAGUGUAUGGAUAUCGGCUCCCGGAACUUCAAAGUUUGACAGGAGGCAACAAAGAAUAGACAAGAAUUUACCAUCUAUGGAUCUGUCCAACACAUUGUCCGGGGUUCAGAUUAAUGAUUUCAAAUGCUGCACAGUACCAAAUUUUUCCUCACAAAUUAACACCUGGAAGCCCAUAGCAAAAGAAAGUAUUGAGCAUGCCUAUAAAUCAAGAUAUUGCAGAUAUUAUUUCUUCAAUAACAAUGGAUGUGAAAGAGUUGAUUGUCGGUUUUCACAUUUCCUUCUUGAAGAUGAUGAAAAGGUGUGUAUGAAUGUUGUUGACAGAUUUCUGAAAAACCAGCUUACUGUACAACGAGCAGUUGACAUUUUUAUAGGCCACUAUGAAAGAUUCACACCUGGAUGUGAUUUUGAUAAUCAAGUUUUUUCCAAUCUUCUGUCAAAAUUGAUAAAUUGCAAUGAAAUAAACAAGGUCCUUGCAGUAACGAAAACUGUACUCCCAAAGGUUUUGCCACCCAUACACCUCCUUUUAAAUGUUUUUGAGCGAGUGAACAUUUGGGGAUAUGGAGAUGCUGUUGAAAACUUGACUGUUAUAACUAAACAGUGUGUGGAAGCAGGCUUGAUUCUUACUGAAGAGAAUUUCAAUUUCAUGCUACAUCAUUUUGAUGAGUUGAAGGCACCAAUAAAAUACAUUAAUAUAUUACAUUCUUUAAAAUCUAGGAUUCUUAAAAAGGAGCCCAACUUGAAUCAUCAGUUUGAUAUACAUUCAGCUUGUGCCAAAAUUAAGCAUUGUGAGAUGCAGGAUAAGUGGGCCAUGAUGGGAAAUAUCUUCAUCCAGUGUUAUCAAGGCACUUACAGUCUGAAAGAUCUUUACCAGUUCUGUAGUUGCAUAGCUUCUUCACUAAUGAAGAACUUUCAUCAGACCCCUGCCGUCCCCUUUUGUGACUUUACAGAAAAAGUGUCUCAAACCAGUUUAAAUGGACUGGGAAAAACCCUUAUUGGCAGGAUUGGGAUUUCUAUAUUAUUUGAUUAUUACAGGGUUCAACAGUGGGCAAAGGGAUGUAGAGUUCUGGAGGUGUUGCAGAGAAUGCAGAUUGACUUCUCCAAGCUGAAAUGUUUUGCAUGCUUGGAUUCUAACGCUUCUAGGUGCCAUGUUCUUAAUAUUUCUUCAGAAAUGUUCUUAAAUAAUGGAAAUUUGGAACAGGCAAUAGCAGUUUUAAAAGAGUCUGAUUGGAUAAUAACAUCAGCACUUUGGCCUUGUUCCAGAAUUGAUGUUCUGAACCGUCACAACUUGCUUUGCAGGAUAAGUAAAGAAUGUUCUUAUAAGAAAAUGCAUGAAGAUGCUUUGGAAGUUUUGAAAAAUCUCCCUGGCUUUAAGGAAUUUUCUGAUAAAAUAGGUGCUUCAAACAACAGUGAAAUUUUUAAUGCACAUUUAGGUGACUGCAUUAAGAAUAAAGAAAUGUCAGUAUCUUGCAAUACAGUUCAAUUCAUGAUGUCAAAGGAAAUAUUUGUGGAUUGUUCUCAUCUUAGACGCUUAAUUGAUGACCUGGGAAAAAGACAGCUUUGGUCUCAGGCCAGAUUAUUCUACAAAUAUGGUGUGUCCAUGAGAUACUACCCUCCUCUUGAUCAGAGAUUGUACUGCAAUUUGCUGUUCAUCCCGUGCUCUUUGUCUGAAACUGAAAUGGUGAUGUCUUUUGAAAUAUAUAUUGUUUCAAAUACAUGCAAAAUUCAGAACUCAAGUAUUUGCAAAGAAACUCUACAAAUAGUACUGAAAAGGAAUGGAGGACCUGUUGCACCCAGCGACUAUGACUACCAUAUGGGAAUUAACAGACUGAUGCUGGCAUCCAGGUUAACAAAUCCAAACCUGAUCCUCAUGUUCUCCAGAAUAAAUGAUUCAAAUGAGCAUGUGUUCACUUUGGACCUUUCGUCUUCACUCAGAUGGCUAAAUGAAAAUAAGAAUUGGGCGGGAAAGGUUUGGUUCUUUACUUAGUAUUAAGGGAGAAAUAUUUAGGUUUUUUUUUUCUAAAUAAAAACUAAUGUGUAAAUAAGACGCUAAGAUGUUUUCUGUCAUUGUAUAAAAUUGCACUUUAAUAAAGCACAAAAAGUGACAAAGUUCUGAUUUGUCGAGCAAAAAUUUUGAUGUUACUGUCAGUUGAGGUUGUUUGUUUGGAAAAUAAGAAGUUUGAUCUGCAUUUGUCAAGUGUUGUUUGGGGUAGAUAAUUGGAGGAUAAUGCCAAGAAUUUUUUUUCUUCUGUUUUAUGAUCACACAAAAGUAAGUAUUAAAGGUAAUUGUUUGGACACAAAAGUAAACUCGCUUACCUUAAUAAUAUUGAUUUAUUUUAUAACAUUUAAACCAUGCGGUGUGAAAGCUCAGUUACAUUUAGAGAGAUUGCCUCAAGGCUGUAA